UUGAAAAAUGUUAGAAUAAUACAACAAAACACUUUGUUUACAUAAGUUACAUUAGCAAGUCACUCUGCCAGCAAGUCUACACAUUCAAGGCCUUUCUUUUUUUCAGCAAGAUCACACUAUACAAACAUGGUUCUCCCAGGAUUUACACCAAAAAUAACCACACAUUUAGCUGCACUCAGCAUGAGUAAUACACAAUUCAGUCUCAAAAAGGAAUUGAUAUCCACAGUAAAUGGUUGGUUGCAUUAUUUUUCAAAGAGUAAAGUUUCUUACCCAGAGACCGUGCCAAAGAAAGAACUUCCAAAAAAGGCUAUUUUAAGUAAGCCUGUGAACAAAUAUGCUCUUUGCUCUAAAAGAAGUAGGUUCUUCGUGAAUCCAUUUCCAGAGGUGGAGGCAUGUGAGAACACUAGCAAGACUAACAAAUGUAUAUUAGAUAUUAUAAAAAUGGUAAAAGUGAAUUUUGAAAAUGGCAAGUGUUUUUCAGCAAUCUGGGCACACAAAAUGUUUUGCAAUCUUCCUCAUUCCAUUUCAAAAUCACCACAAGGAUCUACGCAUGCAUUGAGUAAAGCACAGGAAUUUUUGUUUAGCUGGAAAACAAGACAAACUGGUACUUUGUGUAAUACCCAAUUGCGCCAUUAUAGCACAGCUAAAACUUGUAUGCCUACUCCUUCUCCCCCUCCGAAUCAAAAAUGUGUAAUUCCACCGAAGAAGAAAGAAGAAUGCUUAAAACAAAAACAACACGAAUGGCAACCUGUCGAUACGAUUAAAAUGCCAUGCUGUUGCUGUCCGACAAAAGAUGUUCGAUGUUAUACUGAUGUCCAACCAAAGUUGAAUCUGUGUAAAAAGACUGAAUAUAGAAUACCAGCGUUUUCUGAAUGCAAGAAGUCAGCAUUGAUUAAGAUACUGCCAAAAGAAUGCUGCUACCAAGCACUAUUUUGCCCCUUGGACGGAAAAAAAUGGUCUUCACCACAAUUGAUGACUACUAAAAUGAGGCAAGAAUUAAUCCUGGGACGCCGCCGAAACAAUUCAGUUUCUUCACAAAGUGGCUCUACUUCUAACUCUACAAAAAAAGACAACGGGUGUAACAGGUCGAAAUAAGUUGUGAUGUUAUUGUUCAGAUCAAGGGGUGCAAAGUGUAGGGUGCAAACUGCAAAUGAUAUCAAAGUAUGUCUUUUCAGCCCUGGAUAAAAUAAGAAUACUUUUUUUUAUAAAUGUUUCCGUGCUACAAAGCUUUUUUUUCCAGCUUUUCUGUGGGUGAAUUAUUACUCAAGUGAUAUGUCUUAUUGAAAUAUCAUUGCAGAUUAAUGUACAAAGGCAGAUUGUUUGACAAAAAAGUAUUUGUUAAAUU